UAACUAUAAGAAGUAAUAAUAAGUCUGUGGUACCACCACCACAAUAUUUAUGUAUAUAUAGUACAAUGAAAUAGUAUUAUGAAAUAAUAUCUUAGUCCGUGAUAAGUGAUUACCACUUCCACAAGUCUUAUAAAUUGUUCAAUGUGUUUUUGCUUAUGGGCUAUCUACAAUACGACUACUAUGUACUGUUAAAAUUUAUAUUUCUCACUUAAAGUUUACAAUCUAAUUAUUGUCUGUUAUUAAUUUAUUAUUUAUUAAAGAUAUUAGAUAGUAAUUUGUAACAGUUUUAUAUUUUUAUUAAUCGUUAUUUGUUUUGCCUUCUCGUACCGCCUCAGUUCUCGUGUUAUGUGAAUUAUUAUAUCAUGGUGAAACCUUACAAUUUCAAUGUAUUAAUCGUUAUUUUUUCUUCGAUUAUUGAACUUAACAAUAUCUCGAUCACAUUACAAUGAUAUGGCGCCUCAGCUCUGAUCAGUGUUGAUAUUUUAUUCAUUGUAAAUUAAAACAUUUUAUUGUUUACUCAAUAGCAAGUAACUUAAUUUUACUUAUCAUGGACAAGGAUGAAUCAAUUCGAUUGUAUGAUAUGACCGAUUAUUAUAUUGGUCUUGGACUUGCCCUGUCUUCGAGUGGUUUUAUUGGAGCAAGUUUUAUUAUAAAGAAAAAAGCUCUUGUUCAAAUAUCAUUAGGAAGUGGGCGUAGAGCAGCUAAUGGUGGAUAUGGAUACUUAAGUAAUUGGUUAUGGUGGUUUGGAUUAUCUAUGAUGGCUUUUGGAGAAGUAUUUAACUUUGCUGCUUAUGCUUUUGCUCCAGCUUCUGUGGUCACACCACUAGGUGCACUAAGUGUCAUUGUUGCAGCAAUAUUAUCUUCAAAGUAUUUAAAUGAACAGCUUAAUUUAUUAGCGAAGAUUGGUUGUUUUAUGUGUAUAAUUGGUUCAACGGUGAUGGUAAUUCAUUCUCCAAAAGAAGAAGAAGUUGACUCCCUUGAAGAUUUAUUACAGAAACUUACAGAACCUGGUUUCAUCAUAUACACUAGCAUAAUGUUAAUCAUAAUUUUCUCAAUAUUCUUCUACUUUGGUCCACGGUAUGGUUCGUCAAAUGUUAUUGUAUAUGUUAUAAUGUGUUCAACUAGUGGUUCAUUAACUGUUAUGUGGUGUAAAGGACUUGGACUUGCUAUAAGAGAAACAAUAUCAGGUCAAAGUGAAUUCACAAAUUGGUUAACCUAUAUGUUUAUUGUCUUGUUGAUUACAUUUGUGUGUAUACAAAUGAACUAUUUGAACAAAGCUUUAGACACUUUCAACACCAGUGUAGUUACACCAGUUUAUUAUGUCAUGUUUACAACUCUUGUAAUAACUGCGUCAGCAAUAUUAUUCAAGGAAUGGGAACAUCUGCAGUUAAAUGAUAUUAUUGGUAUCAUUUGUGGAUUCCUUAUAACUGUGACCGCAAUAUUUAUGUUGAAUACAUUCCGAGAUGUGGACAUGUCACGCAGUCAUUUUGCAUGGAGGACUCGUCAACCAAUUACAAGGAAAUCUACAGUUGAAGAAAAUGCUCAAACUUCUGCCCUUAUUAAAAAUAAUACACAAUAUGGCACAAGAAAUGUUUGACAUUCAGAUAACAACACUAUUAAAUUUAAGAUCAAAAAGAAAAUAGUGAAAAUAUUAAAAUCCUUUGAACCAGGGUAAAAUAGAUUAUAUUAUAUUAUUUUGUAUAAUAUACAUUUAGUUUUUAGUCUUAAGUUCAAUUUUUCCAAACCAAACAGUAUGUACAUACUAAUACAUUUACUUAAUGUAGUAUAAGAUCAUCAAGGGCACAAUUUGGAGGGAGCUGGGGGAGGGGGUGUGAUUAGCCUCCUGGUUUCCAUUGAAUUUGCGCCACUGUUUGCAAAGAUUAUUUUGUUAAAGUUGUUUUUAUAUUAUAUAUUGUGUAAAACUAACAAAUUAGCAUAUUAUUUUGAUCAGUUACUUUCUUCCAACUGCUUUUUUUUAUUUUAUUCUUAAAGAAAUGCAUUUAUGUAUUUACCUAAUAUUGAUAGUUAUAAAAAUAUUUAUAAGUUUACACAAUAACUGUUUUUUACAUAUCUAGUGAAAACUAAAAUAUCAUCAGCAUGUUAAUAAAUAUAAAAAUCAAUAUUUUUUAUUUAUUAUGAUAAUUAUAUGAUAUAUAAAUAAUGUAGCCAUCAAGGUAUAUUAUCACCAGUACAAUGUUUGUAUGCAAUCGUUGAUGCACAUUAGAGAAUUCUAUUUCAUAAGUUGUAAUAAAAAAUAAUACGUGUUAGCUUAAUGAAAGUUAAACAAUUGUUUAUAUGCACCUAACUACCAAAUUGACUUACUCUUAUGUGUAUAAGCGAUAGCAUAUGAACGGGGUAAAUAUAAGACUGCUUAAAUAUUAAAAAAUAAUAAAUAUAUUUGUUGUUUAUAUAACGAUAUUUCUUAAAUACAUUUUACCAAUCCA